AUGGCACCCUCCGAUCUCCGCCGUCCGUACAAACGGCCGCAGCUCUCGGACCAGCAGCGGCGUAGAGAGCUCUCGCUGAAGCGCCAAGAGCAGAGCCGCGACGCCGGGCUCCAGGCUAAGCGCUUAGCCUCCACGCUCCUCUCCCUCCCGCCCGAACACCAACCCUCGGAGCCCGAACCCGAACCCGAAACUGAACCCGGUUCAUCAACCGACUACGACCUCCGCGACGCUUCGAAGCUGAAAGGCCCGGCGGCGCGGAAGUGGUUCGCGAAGCAACUCAUGCUCCCUGAGUGGAUGAUCGACGUCCCUCAUCGCCUCCCCCAUGACUGGUACGUGCUUCCGAGGCCAUCAGGGAAGCGAUGCUUCGUGGUCUCGUCGGACGGAACGACGAUCAGUAGGCAACGAAACGGCACCGUUCUGCACCGCUUCCCGUCGGCGCUGCCCCACGGGUCGCGGAACCGAGACGGGUCGGGUCCGCCGUCGUAUUCAAUUCUGGACUGUAUAUUUCACGAGAUGGACCAGACUUACUAUGUGAUUGACAUGGUGUGCUGGAAGAAUUACUCUUAUUAUAACUGCAGCACCGAGUUUCGGUUCACUUGGUUGGAGGAGAAACUGCGUGAGACCAAUGCUCGUGACGCUCCCUCGUAUUAUCACAAGUACAGGUUCAGCCUGGUUCCGUGGGGUUGCUGCGAUCUGGCUGGUCUGCAUGAAGCCUAUGCUGGAGAGGUGCCUUUCGUAAAGGAUGGUCUACUGUUUUAUAACAAGCAUGCACAUUAUCAACCGGGAAAUACACCGCUGGCGUUAGUGUGGAAGGAUGAGCAUUGCAGUCAGUAUGUUAUUGACACGGAUAACAAGGGACAGGUCCCAAGCCAUCAACAGGUUGUUUUGGAGCUGCAAGAUGAUGGAAAAGUGACGACAUCAGAUGAUCCUCCGGUUGUGUUUGGUUGCUUGAAUUUGGAUUUCAUACAACAGUCAGGGUUGAAGACUGGAUGCCUUCUUCGUUUUGCUAUUGGUGAUGGAGGAUUGACCAUUGUGGAUGGGAAGCUUGAGAGGGCUGAUUUACACUACCUUGGCAUGUCCAACCGAGCACGUGCUUUUGCUGAUACUUGCUCCAAGAUCAUGUUUCAGAGUAUGGCUCGAGGAUCUCCCUUGAGAAUUGAUGAUCUGGUUGCAUCAAUCAACUCAUCAGAUGAUCACGCCAAUUCACUUGACGUUGAGAUGACUGUUUGAGAAUCAAUUGGGCGACAAAUUACCGUCUGCUGGCGUCACAUAUUGUUGUUAAAUGCUCGUGAAGCCCUGUAAAACUGGUGUGCGGAGUCUUGAGAGUUGUAGUUUAAUACAGGGACAUUUAGUGAUGAGCAAUCUCAAUCUGUGGAAUCCAGUGCUUGAUUUUUGUAUACUCGGCAUAAUGUAACAAAUUGUAACAAAUUUGCCUCUACUUCUAUAUACGAUUGUUGCCUUUAUGAAUGUUCAAACU